GGACAGUUAGCAUGGUUGGGACUUCUGCCGCCGUGGGCGGUCAUGUUAACAUGAUGAUGGACGUUCUCAUAGCCCAACUACCUCCCGAGGAUCUACGAGUUGCAUGCCGUCGGAUGUUGUCCGAUCAUCCAUCGCUUGCCCCAGUGCUUCGCGACAUUGUUCACCAUAGCCGUCGAGCAAGUCUGGUCACUUUGCCAGAGAUAGAUGCGUUGUUCCCAGUUUCAAACACGGUCACAGCGGAUUUGCUACAAUAUCUGCAAGACUUUCGACUGGAUUUUCUCUCCGGACUCUACCUUCGUGCAUUGCAGCGCAUGUCGUGGCUUGUGAAUGCUCUGGUCACUGCGAGUCAUCAUGGCACGCACGAACCAAGUGAGGAUCUGCGAAAAGUCCUCAAACGAGUCGAAGGCGAUAUCGUCCAAUGCAUACAGGCGAUUAAGGAAAACUACGCUGAUGCAGAAGAACCUCCCGCGACUAGUCUUCAAGAUGCUAUCCGAGAACUAUGGACCAACCUCAGUGCCGUUCCCGAAUUAUUCGGACUCCAGCGCGCACGCUCUCAGGUCCGGGAUGCAUUCCUCCUGCUAUUCCCUAAAGGUGAUAUACCCGGACCACAUCCAUGGAAUGUUGAAAAGUGGGAACUCAAAGUGGACGAGAUUGGGACGACAAUCCCAACCGUAUCUUUGGGGCCGAUCGACAUGCCUCGGCUCUCUAUUGGACUUUGGCAGCUGUCAAGCCCAGCAUGGGGGAUGGCAUCUGCUAAGGACAUUGAACCAUCGUUGCUGGAUCUCGUUUCACAUGGAUUCCGGAUGGCCGAUAUGGCAGAUCAUUAUGGAGAUGCAGAAAUUGUCUUCGGCCAGUUCCGCCACUCCCUGCCGAAGGAAUUGAAUAAACAGAUGCUUACUUGUACCAAAUGGUGUGUUUUUGCAGCACCGCAUGGCGCUCCGACCAGUGAGUGGGUGGCAAGCAAAGUCGAUGAGAGAAGAACCCGUUGCGGAGGGUAUCUGGACGUUUUACAAUUUCACUGGCAAAAUUAUGCCGACAAACGCUACCUGGAAAUCGUACGACAUCUCAUCGCGUUAUCCCGCUCUGCACCACAUGUCGUCAAAGCAAUUGGCUUAGUUAACUUCGACGCCGAGCGAACUGACGAAAUUUGCACUUACCUGAGAGACGUGUGGGAAAAAGAUGGCAUGGUGAUCAGUAAUCAGGUUCAGUACUCUCUUAUCGACCAGCGUCCAAGAUUCCGGAUGGCGGACGUGUGCUUGAAGCAUGGCAUCAAGUUGCUGACUUAUGGAACUUACUGUGGCGGCUUCCUAUCAGAUAAGUGGCUAGGGAAGCCCUCGCCCAACUUAUACGAAGAUUUCGUUACGCCUUCUCUCCGAAAAUACUUUGACAUGAUUCAGUUGUGGGGAGGAUGGGAGCUUUUCCAGGAAUUGCUCGUCGUCCUCCGGAAAAUUGCUGACGAGCACGGUAACGGAUUUGACAUUGCCAACAUCGCUGCGAAAUGGGUUUUGGAAAGAGAAGAAGUUGCGUCAGUCAUUGUUGGAACGAGACUAGGCGUGUCAUCCAAUGCCGAAUCCAACCUACGAGUUUUCUCUUUCAGCCUUACCGAGAAUGAUCAUUCUGCCAUCAACGCUGUCUCAGUUAAAAGCAACGUUGAACAGUUAUUCAUACAAAUGGGAGAUUGUGGUUCAGAAUAUCGGCACAUCAGUCACUAGGCGUUGUAUAUAUCAAACAUAUACAUAGAAUUCAAGCUUUC